CCGUGUCUUCGAUCCCCGUCUCCUUUUGCUCUGAUUCCAGACAGGCGGAGGCUGCAGGACAUCAGAAAGAUCUCGAGGUCUUUGUCUUGCUGCGGGUGGCAUUCCUUUUGAUCCAAUUCAAUACCCGUUGCACUCCAGCCGCUUUUUCCGCUGUGUUUUUUUUUUCCUGCUUUUCUUCUGGGUUAUUUUUUUUUCUUAUAUUCUCCGAUUCUUGAUAAUAUUUUAACCUUUCUUUAUCCUUAAUUCCUAAAAUCAACGGCCAGAAAAUCAUGUUGCGAGCAGCGACUCGCCAGAAAGAUGCAUUGCAUCGCCUGCGACGGUCAAGUGAGCGGCUGGCCCUUCCAUGGCUUUGUCCGGCGGUGCUACGACUUCAAUCCCAAUCGUCCGCAUCGGCCUCACUAGCCACCUCGUCGUCGACAACUACGAAAGAACGAUCACGUCGACCAUCCUUCCAAUCGAGACGAAGUCUUGCCACAGCCGCAGACCCUUCGACCGUCGAACAAAGCAGGUACAAUCCAUUCGAGAGCAGCCAGUACUCUGUGGGAGGCAGUUCGGAAGGUUCAAAUCAUUGGGUUCCGCCGGCGUUUGUUGCUCCAGGGGAAUUCGAUGCGUCUUCUAUCGUCAUUGUGGAGGAUCUGCUGCAGACGCAGCCCAGGGUCCUCAGGAAAAUAAAGGGUAUCGGUGGUGAUGCGGAGGAGAUGAUGGCAAAUCUCGACGUCUCCUUGAAAAUCGGAAGAUUCGAUCGUGCCUCCGCAUUGAUUCACCGCCUAGGACAGUUUUUCCCUAGUGGCUCGCCGGAGUAUCUCGAUAUUCACAAUCGCUACUUGCAGUCCGUUGUGUCGCACAUGAUUUUCACCAGACAGAACGAUAUGGUUCUGCCGGUCCAGCGCUGGUUUGAGGUGGAUAUGCCCAAGGGAGGUGUUACUCCGGAUGCUACCACAUAUGCUUCGAUGAUCCGGAUGGCACUGCGUAUGCUACACGGUCCCAAGCGCGACCGCACUGUACGAAGGUAUUGGGAGAUGGCCAAGAAUGCGGAAAUUGAGGAGGAGGUACUCGCAGUUCCUGUUCUUUCGGAACUGGAACUCGGUGAAUUGUCAGAGAUCUGUUCUUCCGACCUGCAGCGUGUUGCAAUUGGGAGCAUGGAUUUCGGUAGCGCCAAAGAACCAGCCGUAGCCGAAGAUGAACCCGCCGCUAUCCGCCAGACGAAACAACAGGGUUAUGGUUUAACGUCACUCCACGAUUCGCUUUCCUUGUUCCAAGGCAAAACCUCGGUCCCAAUGCCGGCCGAUUUGGACCCAAACGACCCGGAGCAGAUGAAAUACUAUCAGCAAAUGAGAGAACGGCAGUUAGAAGCUGACGCGGUACGAUCUGCUGUGCAACGCUGGCAGCAGGAGAUGGAAGACAUGAAGAAGCUUGGCAUCUCCACGGCUACUCAAGGAUCGCGGCUCCGUUCUAUCCUCAGUCAGUGGCAUGCUGAUCUAGUUAAGGCUAUUCACAAGGAGCUGGAAAUGGUUGAACAAGCUGAAGCCAAUCCGACGCGCACAGUCAAACAGAGGGAAAGAUGUGAAUAUGGCGUUUAUCUCAGACUCCUAAGCGCUGAGAAGUUGGCGGCUAUCGCUAUACUCGGCAGCAUGUCAGUCUUCAGUCGAGCUGGUGUAGAGAAGGGUAUUAAGACCACUUCUCUUGUCACAACCAUUGGUAAGGAUAUACGAGAUGAGAUGCUAGCAGAACGUGUUAUGGAACAGGAUGCUCAGGCCGAUACCCGACGUCGGAAGAUCCUUGGUGAAAUCCUCGCCAAGCGCAAGCAAAAGACUGGGCGCAGCAGAUGGAAGGCCCUUGUUCGCCAACUGGAAGAGACAACGCCAGCGGUGAUGUGGCCAGUGAGAGUCGAGGCGAAAGUUGGAGCGGUCCUCAUGAGUCUCUUGGUUGAGGUUGCUAAAGCCCCAGUCGAAAUGGAGCGCCCAGAAACCAAGGAGCGCGUUAUCAGUAUGCACCCUGCUUUUAGCCACAGCUAUAGGGUCAGCAGGGGAAGACGCAUUGGUCUGAUCAACCUUCAUCCGGAAAUCAUCAAGAAGGUGACGGAAGAACCACCAGUUGACCUUAUUUCCCGACUUCUCCCUAUGGUAUCGGAGCCCAAGCCAUGGAAAGGACCCAAGGAUGGCGGGUACAUCACAUACAAUACCUCUAUGAUGCGUGCCACCCCUGGAGACUAUUGGCAGCCGGCCUACCUGAAAGCUGCCAUUGAGAAUCAUGGAUUGGAGCAGCUGCGUUCUGGCCUCGAUGUCCUUGGGAAAACACCGUGGAUAAUCAACCGGGAUGUUUUCAAUGUCAUGCUCGAGGCUUGGAAUUCCGGCGAUGCUGUUGCCAACAUCGCUCCGCUAGACCCCAACUUUCCUUUGCCCCCUAGGCCCUCUCCUGAUGAGGGUCCUGAAGCCGAGGCCAAGUGGAGUUAUGAGGUCAGAGAACUCGAGAACAAGCUCGCCGGAUUCCAUUCCAACAGGUGUUUCCAGAAUUUCCAGAUGGAGAUCGCUCGUGCCUACAGAAACGAGACAUUCUAUCUUCCUCAUAACAUUGACUUCCGUGGCCGUGCUUAUCCUCUCCCGCCGUAUCUCAAUCAGAUGGGUGCCGACAACGCCAGGGGCCUUCUCCUCUUCGCUAAAGGGAAGGUUCUCGGCGAAGGUGGUCUGAGAUGGUUGAAGAUCCACCUUGCAAAUCUCUUCGGUUACGACAAAGCGAGUCUUAAAGAGCGAGAAGAAUUUACCAUGCAGCAUUUGGACGAUGUGCUUGAUUCAGCUAACAACGGGUUGCAUGGCAAACGUUGGUGGCUUGAAGCAGAGGACCCAUGGCAGUGUUUGGCAGCGUGCUGUGAGCUAAGGAAUGCUCUCAAACUUGCGGAUCCGACUCAAUACGAAUCGAGAUUACCGGUCCACCAAGAUGGGUCUUGCAACGGACUGCAACAUUACGCAGCUCUGGGUGGAGACGUUGUGGGUGCUCAGCAGGUCAACCUGGAACCCUCUGAUCGACCUUCCGAUGUCUAUACUGGUGUGGCUGAAUUCGUUAAGGCCGAGGUUGCCAAGGAGGCUGCUGAGGGCGUUGAGAUCGCGAAGAAACUUAACGGAAAGAUCACAAGAAAGAUCGUCAAGCAAACAGUCAUGACCAACGUCUACGGUGUGACUUUCAUCGGAGCGACUAGGCAAGUUCGCAAGCAACUAAUCGACUAUUACCCCGAGUUCAGCAAGGUAGAAUACAAAGAUGCCUCGAUCUAUAUAGCCAAGAAGAUCUUCCAGGCUCUGGGAUCAAUGUUCACCGGUGCCCAUAAGAUUCAGUACUGGCUUGGAGACUGUGCCACUCGUAUCACGUCGUCUCUUUCACCCGAACAGAUCGAGCAACUCGCGCAGAAGACUCAGACCGAACCAGAAAUGGAACUCUUGUCGAAAGAUCAAGAGAAGAAGCGAGCGAAGGCAGCGGACCCAGCCUCGCACUUCCGUUCGACUGUCAUCUGGACCACACCUCUGGGCUUGCCAGUUGUGCAACCAUACCGCGUCAAGAAGAGCCGUCGGAUUGCCACAACGUUGCAGGACCUCAGUAUUGCGGAUGCGUCAUCGCACGAUGUAGUGUCUAAACGCAAGCAGCUUCAGGCCUUCCCUCCUAACUUUAUUCAUUCUCUUGACGCCACGCAUAUGAUGAUGUCUGCUCUUGAAUGUCAUCGACAGGGCCUGACUUUCUCUGCUGUUCAUGAUUCCUUCUGGACCCAUGCUUCCGACGUCGAUGUCAUGAGCCGCAUCCUCCGCGAUGCCUUCGUGCGCAUGCACUCUGACGAUAUCGUCAAGCGACUUCACGCCGAGUUCCAGGCUCGUUAUGGAAACCACAUAUUCCUUACAAAAGUGGACCGCAAGAGCCCGGUUGGUAAGGCUGUCAGCCAGUUGCGACGCGAGAACAAGAUGCCUGCCAAACAGGCAAAACUGAAUGAGCUCUUUGCGGAAUACAAGAGACAGACACUGCUAAAGUCGGACGAUCCCGAACUGCAACAGCAGGGUCGUGAGAUGAUAACCCCUGCAAGCAUUUUCGAAGAGAUGGGUGCAAAGGAUGAACACCUAGAACAGGCUAGCAGUCUCGGAGAGAGCGCCGUUGGCCACGUUCCCAGUGAUCUCACGGCUAGUAGCAAGACCAAAAAUAUCAUGGAGACUGAUCCCGCCCUGGAGAGUAUGCUAUCGGAGGUUGAUCCUAUGAGUACGGAACUUUUGUAUGAGAGCUCCGACGCGGAUUCCGAUAGCGUCGACUUUUCAGACGCCGAUACCUCGGAAACCCGCCGUCGACAGAAGGGUCCCUCUUACGAAUGGCUAUGGCUGCCAAUGCGAUUCAAGGAGGUGCCGGAGAAGGGGUCUUGGGACAUCUCCCGGCUCAAGGACAGUACAUACUUCUUUUCUUAACUUGGAGUUGGUCUUCAGUGUCCGCGUUUGUCAUCAGAAGACAAAAGGCGACUGCAUGCCGCCUUGUUGGGUUGUCUUCGAUCCGCAAUGUUUGUGUUUGUGUCUAGCAUUGCGUCGGCGUUUCUCAUGUUUGUUUCACCGCGAGCGAAUUGCGGAUUUUCGUUGGCUCUUUGGCCGACAAAUACCUUCGACCUUUGUCUUAUGAUGGAUGCCUCUUUGUUUUUUCUACAAUCGACACCCCUCUCAAGCGUUCUUGGCUCAUGUACAACUACAUAUUACUGUGGGAUGGUGUUGUGGAUCGACGAUUGUUGAGCAAAAAAUCAGCAUGUAUCUAUAUAUACUUUGGGAUAUUCUCUGCCGAUAGGCUGUAUCUAGAACACACACGGGCAGAAACGAUCUGAGAAUCGAAUGUAUGAUUAUGGCAUUUCAAUUAUCACUCUAUUUCUGGUUAUCA